CUGGGAAGGUGUGUUUUGCAGAGUAAAAAUGUUCACCCUUUACUGACAGAAAGAAAGGUACUGUAUGUGUACAUUUGGUUCAUCCAAAGUUCAAACACUGUAGCAUACAAAUAUGUGGAAAAACACAGUACAGAUAUGUACCCUAACUAAAAGAACUGAAGACAUUCCUCUGAGCAUGGAGGGUUUUAAACAAUUUCUCUAAAAGUGUUUGCUACUGCAGGUUGCAGGUUGCAGAGAAACAUGGACAGAGCUAGCAUGGACCUCUCAGCCAAGAAGAAAAAGUCAUCUGGCAAGAAGAAAGUUGCAGUAGUGGGAGGCGGUUUGGUCGGAGCCUUGUGUGCUUCCUUCUUUGCAAAGAGAGGUUUUGAUGUUGCACUCUUCGAAUAUCGAGAAGAUAUCCGUUGUGCCAAAGUAGUGAAAGGCAGAAGCAUCAACCUCGCCCUCUCCCACAGGGGGCGUCAAGCAUUAAAACACAUUGGGAUUGAGGAGAAGAUUGUAUCUAUGGGCAUCCCAAUGCGUGCUCGCAUGAUCCACAGUCUGAGUGGAAAAUGUUCACCCAUACCUUAUGGAAGAAAGGGUCAGUACAUCCUCUCUGUUGGCAGAGCCAAUCUUAACAAAGAGCUACUAUCAGUGGUGGAGACUUACCCAAACACAGAACUGAACUUUAGCCACAAGCUGCUUGACUGGAGCCCAGAAACAGGGACCAUGACCUUUCAUGGGCCGGAUGGAGCUGAAAGGGAUUUUGAGGCAGAUCUCAUCGUGGGCUGCGAUGGUGCUUUCUCUACUACCAGAAAGCAGUUCUUACGGCGUAGUCGCUUCGACUACAGUCAGACCUACAUUCCUCAUGGGUACAUUGAGCUCACCAUGCCUCCCAGGAAUGGUGAUUUUGCAAUGGAGCCUAAUUUUCUGCACAUCUGGCCCAGGAACACCUUCAUGAUGAUAGCUCUCCCUAACGUGGACAAGACAUUCACGUGCACGCUGUUCAUGCCGUUUGAGGACUUUGAGAAAAUCACCACGGGCGAUGAGCUGAUUGCUUUCUUUCAGAAGCACUUCCCUGAUUCCAUCCCACUCAUAGGAGUGGAGGCACUGAAGAGAGACUUUUUCUUGCUGCCUGCUCAGGCCCUGGUGUGGGUGAAGUGCUCCCCUUAUCACAUGUUGGACAGAUGCGUCCUAAUGGGGGAUGCUGCUCAUGCAAUGGUGCCAUUCUAUGGUCAGGGCAUGAACGCAGGCUUUGAGGACUGCCUUGUUUUCAAUGAGAUCAUGGAUCAGUUUAAUGAAGACUUUGCUGCAGUGCUACCAGAGUUUUCCAGAGUUCGUGCACCUGAUGAUCACGCCAUGUGUGAAUUAGCAAUGUACAACUACAUUGAGAUGAGAUCACACGUCAAUUCCAGAUAUUUCCUAUUCCGCAAAUACUUGGAUGGAGCACUUAAUUAUAUCAUGCCAAAAACAAUCAUCCCAUUGUACACAAUGAUCACCUUCACCAGAACACGCUAUCACGAAGCAGUGAUCCAGUGGCAAUGGCAGAACAAGGUGAUUACUCGGGGCUUGUGGAUCUUUGGUACAAUGUCUGUUGCAGGAGGAGCUUAUUUGCUUAUGAAAUACCGGCCAAAAACUCCCCCCAUCAAUGUAGAGGAGCUGUGGAACCGAGUUCUCGCCCUCGGGUGGCUUCGAAAGUAGGAGCACGAUGAGAGAUAUGAGGACAUUCUUCACUUCUGCAGAAAGUCUGAGUCAUUCUGAAGACAAAAAGUCCAAGUGAAACUAAAUUUCCUCUGUUCCCAAAGUAAUCUGUAGCUUUGUUUGAAUCAAUAAUCCAAAAAUUCUGAGAGAUCAAUAACUUCCCUUGAGCUUGAAUUACAUCAGAUCAAUUUAGAGAGUGAACGAGGUCAGUGGUGCAUUCGUAUUCAGGAAAUGACAAGGGUGUUUUAAAAAGGUUUGGAUAGAAAAAAAGCCAAGAGAGGGCUGGGUUGGAUUUUACUUUAUUGACCAGCCCUCGGCGGCAGUGAUUUUUAGCAGAAUAAUUGGAUGUGGGCAGUAAUUAGAAAAAAUUUUAUUCUAGUUAUUCCACUGUGAGGCCAAACUGGCCUGCUCAGACCUGCUAGAGGCAUGUCCAUGUGUUUGUGUCUGCGUUUCGUGAAUAUUCACUUUUAUACAUUGAUUGUUUCCAUCUAAACAAUUAAAAACUUCAAUUUGAAACAGAAAGUGGUUCUGUCUUAUAUAAUGUCAAGUCAGGCUCGCAGUUCAUGUUUCAAUGUUUAAUCACAUUUGUUAAACUAAAUAAAAUCUUAAAUUUAAGUAAA